AUGGCCACCUUCUGCAUGCAGACGCUCGGGUGCGAGGUGUCGGCCAUCAACACCGUGAAUUACAGCAACCACGUAGGCUACAAGCGCUUCAAAGGCCGCAAAAGCACCGCAGACGAAGUCGCCGAGCUCUACGCCGGCCUGAAAGAUGCAGGCCUCAACAACUUCGACGUCCUGCUCUCGGGCUACUGCCCGUCCGCCGCGCUCGUCGAGCAAGUGGGCAUCAUUGCCCGCGAGCGCCGCCUCGAAGCUAACACCUCGCCCGGCUCCUUCUUCUGGAUCCUCGACCCCGUCAUGGGCGAUAAUGGCCAAAUCUACGUCGCGGAGGAGACGGUGCCGGCGUACAAGAGCCUGCUGCGGGACGCGGAUCUCAUUCUCCCAAACCAAUUCGAAGCAGAGCUGCUGUCCGACGUCAAGAUCCGGGACUUCGACUCCAUGCGUCAGGCCAUCCGAAAACUCCACCAAACGUACCAAGUGCCGCACGUAAUGAUCACAUCAGUUCGCCUACCCCCCACGCAAGCCAACACGCCAUCGAAAGAGCCCCACCCAGCAAGCAUGGCGAAGCUCUCCGUCGUAGGCUCGUCCGCCAACUCCAAAGGCGAGCCGCGCAUGUUCCGCAUCACCGUGCCCGCGCUCCCCGUCUUCUUCUCCGGCACAGGCGACAUGUUUUCCGCCUCGCUCGUUGCGCGUCUCCGCGAAGCGGCGCAGCACGCCGGCCUCCUGCAGACGGAGCACUGGCAGUCGCCCGACGACGUGCAGAGUGCAGACCUCCCGCUCGCGAAAGCGACGGAAAAGGUGCUGGCUUCGAUGCAUAUUAUUUUGAAGGAUACGGCGGAGCACUACGAGGUGGCGGCGGAGAAGUACCGCGACUCGAUGGACAACCAGUUGAAUUUGGGGCAGGGAGAGGAGGCGAAGGAGGCGAAGGAGAUGGAGAGGCAUUUGAGGCUGACGCGCGCGGCGGAGGUGAGGGUGGUGAGGAAUGCGGAAGUUUUGCGCCAUCCGCCGGACGUUGGGGAGUUUAAGGCGCAGGCUGUGGAAGAGGGAGACGUGAAGGGGGACCACGGUGAGGAUGAUGUUGCGGAUGAAUUGGGGGUGUUGAAAGUUGCUGGGGGCGAUGGCGCUGCUCAUCAGACGUAG